UAACUUAUGGUCAAAACGCAGCAAGUUUAUUCUUGUGGGUUACAGCUUUUAUACCUUUUUUCUUGUUACAUUUACUUUAUCUCAGCAGAAAAGGGGUAAACAGAAAGGAAAUAGAAACUCCAUAAAAAUAGUUAUCAGGGGCUUGUGAUAACCGCUCACAAGUAGUUUAAGGGGGCUUGUGGUAAUAGUUUACAAAGCAGUUUAUGUUUUUCAAAGAUACACAGUGCAAGCAAACAAUGGCGCCCUUGAGGUGGCUUGUUAAUCCUGUUUUCCAUCAGGAUGUAGAACAAAGGCUUAGCUCCAGGGAAAAUAUGGGCAGGGGUCUCUUGUCCCUCUUAGGCAUCUCAAUUGCAGCAAGUUUAUCGCUUACACAGAGACUGAUGGGGACACGAAAGCAGACCACAAUGUCCUCAUAAACCGCAGACCUUUGCUUUGUAUUCUGUUUUUGCCUCAGUCACUCAGCCAGCGGCCUUUGUCUCAUCUCUACUGCCCUCGAGAUGGGUGAGUGCAGAUAGGUCCAGCAGCCAAGAUGGGGCGAGUCACGCUGCUGUCUCAAGCCCUUGGUGCGAACACCGCACAGAGGGGUCUGCGGGUUUCUUCUUGGUGGCUGCUGCAACCUUAGCUGGUUUCUUGGCCUUCUUGCCAGCUGAAGGUGUCUCAGGAUCGGCGGAAGCGGGAGGCGCGGUUUAGGACAUGGUGAGGGAGUACACUAAGUAAACGGUUAAAACCUAAUGAAGCAGGAUGCAAAAAAACGCCCCCGACGCGGCAUAUUUAUAGGGUGGGACUGUGCAGUGAUUGUAGUGCCCUGCCCCUCGCAGUGCCGAGGGUUUCGUCCAGUCUCAGAAGGCUGCUGGGGACCUCUAGGGCCUAUGGUCUAGCUUCGCUCAUCGCAAGCAACCACACCAAAAAAUCUGCCCGGGUUUCCUCGCUGUGAAAGAAAUUGUAGGCAGACUGCCCCCCAGUAACAUCGGAGGGUGCAGCUUCUCUCUCAAAAAGCAGCUCUUUUUAGGGAGUGGGUUGAGGGAGAGUAGUUUCUAAAUGCAGCCCCAUAAGCAUCCGAGGAGUUUUAUUAGAAAUUAUUAAAGGUCCGUUGCCAGAGAUGUUCAUUUUUAAUUUGCAAGAAAUGCAAAGUUAAGUGUUUUGAAUAACUGGGGAGGGAGAGAGGAAAGCGCCGGUUUUAGGUCACGUUAGGGCUAGUUGUCACCAACUGUUACAUUUUCUGGCAAUGUUUUAGAGCCAUGUGUCUGGCGAAUACCUUUCACGUCAAAGAAGAAUGAAUCGUAAAAAACACCAACAUUCACUAACGCUGCAAAAGUGUGGAAAAGUUUCUGCAAUUGCAACUUAUUUCUACAGUCCAAUGCACUUCAGGAAUUUCCAGUGCCCUUUUCACCCAUACAACAUGCCCCAGAUGGGUGCUAAGGUUUACAACCUGUGUUUCAUCUUAGCACAUACGAUCAGCCUAUCAUGAUAUGGUCAACUCAUUCUUUUAUUCAACAAAGAUUUAUGGGCCUCACAAGCCUGCGAAAGGCGUUAAAUAAAUGCUGGGUAGAUGAAAUCGGAUCCCUGACAGGCAUUCUGCUGGGAGUUUAAGUCCCCUUAGGGUGAAAACAAACGGCACACCCUGGGGAUAAGAUUUUAUGGUAACCUCCUUUUAAGUUUUUUGUGGCUGUUAAAGCAUUUCAGAGUAUCAAUAAGCUAAACGACCUCACAUUCCCAGUCAGAGACUCAGGUAACUGGAGAAUAAACAGCUAUUAAAUCGACAUCCACUUCCACAGUCCUAUUCUGUAUAAUCCCCUAGCACAGUGGAGAGUGACGUAAUGAAGUCUUGUUUCCGCUCGUGUUGUUGUAGUUUUCAAAUAAGUCCGCACAGUGCUAAGUAACCUGAGCUUCUCCCCUUUUCCUUCAAACAACGUGUCAACCAAAUAAUGUAGGAGUCCCAGAUAAAUAUUGUGUAUAUCUUCUGCAGCAGUGCUGCCUACGUCCCAUUUUAUUGAGAAGCCAUGCUUUCAAAUGUUUCACGUAAUUUCUAAGAAUUUGGAAGAUAAUAGUCGGAAACUAUGCAUCUUGGUUUGACGGCUCGUCAGUUAUGAAACGCAGGUAUACGCGUUUGGAACAUUUUUGCAACUAAACCCCUUUUAAAAGCUAUUAAUCCUUCUUAGGGUAAUAAGCGAGGUAUCUGAAAAAACGCAACUUUUAAAAAGGAAAUACUUCGAAUUAUCUUAUUCAGGAGUUUCCAUUUCAAAUAAUGGGUUCUGUCUCUGUUUCUAUUGGGUUAAACUGGCUUCAAAUAAAAUAGGAACGCUCCAUGCAAAUGAAGGAUACUAGAUCUGUUUUCUAAGUGGCUGUUCGACAAAAUAGCCUAAACCAAUCAAAAGGUAGAAUAUGGCCUGCCUCCUGUUAAUAUAAAAGCGGUCAUAAUACAUACUUUAGUGUUUUGAGACUUUAAAAAUGAUUGCAUUAGCUUCUGGCAAUGCUAAAUUAUGUUCCUUGCGGAUUACAGUCCAGUUUCUCUUGGGCCGAGUCCACCUCCUGCUCGCAAAAGGAACAAUCCCAGUUGGUGGUACCUGGCGGCGGUGAAGGAGAACGGCCAUUUUGCGACCAGCAGACACCUAGGCUUUAGAAAACAAAAGCUGCAGAACGCUGCAAGUAUAGGAUUCAGAGAGCGUAAACAAGAGAAAGACGUUUCAUAGAUAGUGCUUCUAUGAGUGAUAGUGUAAUUCUAUGUUUGAGAUGCUUUGCAGAUUCAUUAACGCUUCUAAGUCAAGGCGUUACAAAGGAAUCCACGUCUGAAAGGUUUCAGAAAUUCCUGGAAAGGGUACAUUUCCGGAGAGGAGGUGAGCAAUAUUUUCUCUUGUUCUCUCCUAAAAAGCUGAAGGUUAUGCAGAACUGGAGAACUAUAAUACCUUUGGAUCAAUGUCUUGUUUUAUGAAGAAGUGCCUUCAGGUUAUGAAAACGACGUGUAGAAGAAGGGAACAAAAGUUCAAGUCCAAGCCGACGCAGUGGUUUGGCUUGUAAUCCCAGCUACUCCGGACGCUGAGGCGGGAGGAUCCUUUGAGCCCAAGAGUUGAGGCCAGCUCACGGAACAAAGCAAAACUAAACUAAUAGAAUGCCAUUUAAAAAAUAAUAAUCUGUAGAUUUGGAAUAGAACAUAGUAGCUAGUGAAACUGCAGGUUUGUUGAUGGCUUAAAGAUAGACCAAUCAGAGCUCGUAACGUCAUAUCUAGCAUCUUCUAUCAUCCAAUCACAGCACUUUACAUACUAUAAAUAGCAGAGCCGCUGGAGGCUGUACUUGCAUUAUUGUUGGCCCUUGUGGUGCGUGUGUUCUUUUGUCAUGGCUCGCACUAAGCAAACUGCUCGGAAGUCUACGGGAGGCAAGGCUCCGCGCAAACAGCUGGCCACCAAGGCGGCCCGCAAGAGCGCUCCGGCCACCGGCGGGGUGAAAAAGCCUCACCGGUACCGCCCUGGCACCGUGGCUUUGCGCGAGAUCCGCCGCUAUCAGAAGUCCACAGAGCUGCUGAUUCGUAAACUACCUUUCCAGCGUCUGGUGCGCGAGAUUGCGCAGGACUUUAAAACGGAUCUGCGUUUCCAGAGUUCCGCUGUGAUGGCUCUGCAGGAGGCGUGCGAGGCCUACUUGGUGGGGUUGUUUGAGGACACCAAUCUGUGCGCCAUCCACGCCAAGCGCGUUACUAUCAUGCCUAAGGACAUCCAGCUCGCUCGCCGCAUCCGCGGAGAGCGGGCGUAAUUACUCUGGCAUCUCUCACUGCCCAAUCAAAGGCUCUUUUCAGAGCCACCACAUGCUCAAGUAAAGUAGCUGUAAGCAACUUAGAGGAAAGGAAAUGCACUGGGGCCACUUCUUUUCGGCUCACCACCAAAAGGUUUGAAAACCAUUCAAUUUUGGCCGGUUACGGUGGCUCGCGCCUGCAAUCCCAGCGCUUUAGGGGGGCUGAGGCUGGCAGAUUACUAGAGGUCAGGAGAUUGGGACCAGCGUAGCCAACAUAGCUAAACCCGGUCUCCAAUAAAAAUACAAAGAUAAACUGGGCGUGAUGGCGAGCGCCCGUAAUCUCAGCUACACGAGGAGGCUGAGGCAGGAGAAUCGCUUUGAACCUUGCAGGCAGCGGUUUCAGUGAGUCGAGAUCGCACCAGUGCACUCCAGCAUGUGCGGCAGAGCGAUACUUCAUCUCAAGGUAUUCGGCUUAAAAUAGAUUUGGAAUGAGAAUGGGUUUACAUUUAACGCUUUGUUCCUCAAAGCGCAACGAUGUGACUCUGCUAAGAAAAUAAAGGCCAUUGGUCAAUGGUUUGGUUCCACCCUCGUGUCUCCACCCUUCCCCACCCGCUGCUCCCGCCAGUUCCUGAGGCUUGGAGGAGGGGUUAAGGGAGGGGACUGUAGACGUCACGUUUACCGCCUGCGCACUUUUUAUUCUGUGCCUACUUGGGAGUUGGGGGAAGGUAGAUAUAUAAAGAUCGGUUUCUCUAUUC